GCUCGGAUACUUUACCGAACAUCAAUGGAUAUUCCCUAGAGCGCAGGAUCUGAGUAUGAUCGAUAAGGUGCUGCAGCUCAACAACUACACGAUCGAACAGGCCAUCGAUAAGCUCGGCAUGAUCUGUGAAGACUUUAUCGUGAUCUGCUACUGGGCGGGCAAGAAGUUCCCCUGCUUUGAUAGACAUGCUUUUCUCGGGUGGAUCGGUUCCACCAGCCAUUACGGGGCGUGCUGUUCGUUCAAUUAUCAUCCGAACGUGAAGGGAGAUCAAGUGCCGUACGCAAGCAACACUUACGGCAUUCACGGUGGACUGAGCGUGGUCGGUACGGGUUAUCCACAGGCAUCGGAUGGAAAAUCGGGUGCCCUUUACUCGGAAGGAUUUAUGCUUAUGAUACAUCAUCCGCACGAUUUUGCAGUAGAAGCGUCACCAUUAACGCUCCUACGAUUAGGUAAGGAAACGUUCGUCAACGUGUUGCCAACGGAUUCUCGUUGCUCGGAACAGGUGCUGGCAUUGCCGCAGAAUCAACGCGAUUGCCUUGUUGGAGGAGAUUUUAAACCUCCGAUUGCGAACUACCGCCAGCCGGCUUGCAUGCUGGAGUGUCUGCGACACGAGGUUCACCGGAAGUGCGGAUGUCAUCCAUUCCAUUUGCCUCGCCAUACGGAAGCUAGGAAAGAUCGUCAGAUUCGGGACUGCACCGUGUACGAUUCCAUCUGUUUCGUACAAAAUUACUAUAUGUUUAAGCGAUUGAAAUGCCACUGUUUACCGGCGUGCAGCGACGUUACCUAUAAGACGGCAUCGAUCGAAUUGGAUUUUGCGGCUAAAAACUUCUCCAUAAACCCGUUCUACAAGGAAACGAAUUUGACAAACUAUGAAUUCAUUUUCCACAUAUUCAUGAGCAACCAGGUGGUGGCCGCCAACAGGAGAAUCGUCGUCGUAUCGUGGAUAUCAUUGCUCUCGAAUCUUGGAGGUGCCUUUAGCUUGUGCCUCGGUAUCAGUGUACUGUCGCUGUGUGAAAUCUUGUUCUGCAUUGUCUUUAGGAUAAGAAAAAGCUACCACAAACUGAAGCGGCAGCAUGAGCAGCGUAUCAAGCUGGUGGCCCCAAUAGCACGGUUGCAGAGAUUAUCUUCAAUAAAGGACAUUACGAAAACCACGUAG